UCAGGAGCCACUGGGGUCAGUGGCUACCUACUCUGAGACAGCCUGGCUGCCAGCCUCCUGCCACGUUCCUGUUUAAUUUUCCUUGCAGCCCCUUUCUUACCAGCAGCACUUCCAAUCAUCUCUUCUGCCUGCGUGACUUGUGACUCCCAAGCCCUUCCAGGCGAGGACUCGCUUGAAUGGUGCCUGGCACACAGGAAGCGUUCAGUAACUUCUGCCCCUAUAGGAAUCUGUGUCCGGGGGAAAUCGCAGGCCCACCUCCCAGCCCCCUCAGCCACCGGUGCCUGGCGCCUGCCCUCUCCCUGCUUUCCCCAGGCUGGUCCCCGGGAAGUCAGCUAGGAACCGUGAACGUGACUGGGAGGAGUCGGCCCGCCCCGGGGAUGCGUGCUGCGGCGCACUAGCGAACACGGCCGCCGACCAUGGCGGAGCCCACUGUGUGUUCCUUUCUCACCAAGGUGCUGUGCGCCAACGGCGGCCGUAUGUUCCUGCAGGACCUGCGCGUCCACGUGGAGCUGUCGGAGGCCAAGCUCCGGGACGUGCUGCUGCGGGCCGGGCCCGACCGCUUCCUGUUGCAGGAGGUGGAGGUGAAGGAGGGUCCCUGGGACGCCGAGGCCGAGGUGGCGGCCGGCGUGGGCGGCGGCGGUACGGGCCCCACCGCCUGGAGGGUGGUGGCCGUGUCCUCCGCGCGUCUGUGCGUCCGCUAUCAGCGCGGCGACUGCCAGGCCUGCGACCAUCUGCAUUUCUGCCGGCGGCACAUUCUGGGCAAGUGCCCCAACCGCGACUGCUGGUCUACCUGUACCCUUUCCCACGAUAUCCACACACCUGUCAACAUCCAAGUCCUGAAAAAACAUGGGCUUUUUGGCCUCAAUGAAGCUCAGCUUCGGAUCCUACUUUUGCAGAAUGACCCCGGCCUUUUACCAGAGGUCUGUAUGCCCUACAACAAGGGUGGUGAUGCGCUCUAUGGCUACUGCAACCUCAAGGGUAACUGCAACAAGUUUCACGUGUGCAAACCCUUUGUCCGGGGCGAGUGCAGACUUCCCGCUUGCAAGCGAUCCCAUCAGCUCAUUCAUGCCGCGUCCCUGAAGCUGCUGGAGGACCAAGAGCUGAGCGUGGAAAGCAUGGUUAACUUUCAGAUCAUCUCUGCCUACAAGCAUAUGAAGCUGCACAAGAUGCUUGAAAGUAAAGACAAUUCAGCUUCUCCUGAGUACCCACAGGGCUUUGGGAGACAAGGCAUGCCCAUGGUUGGGUUCAUGGGAAUCGGCCCUCUGCGCCCUGCCCCUGCUCAGUCAGCCAGGAAACCCUGCGCAGGCAAACCUUAAAAUGCAUCACUGAAGGAAGAAGUAGCUGUGACCAGCUGAGAAGAUCUGAAAGGGAAGCUUCUAUGGAGUGUGGCCUUGUAACCAUUCUUUCACAGAAUCAUUUCUUCAUAAUGGUCCUGAAAGUCCUACCUCACUGUUUCUGAGUAC